AUGUCGUCUAUGCGAAAUGCCGUCGAUCGGCGCGUUCAUCGCGAGCGUGCGCAACCGCUUGAGCGCCGUCGCCUGGGUCUCCUUGAGAAACACAAGGACUAUUCCAAGCGAGCAGCAGACUACAACAAGAAAAAGGCCCAGCUCAAGUCGCUGCGCGCCAAGGCCGCCGAGCGCAACGAGGAUGAAUUCUACUUUGGCAUGAUGUCCCGCAAGGGACCCGGCGCCCGCAUCAAGGUCGGCAAGAGCUGGAGCGGCACCGUCCAGGGCGACCGCGGAAACAAGGUCCUGGACAUGGAGACAUCAAGACUGCUCAAGACGCAGGAUAUGGGAUACGUUCGCACCAUGAAGCAGGUUGCCACGAAAGAGGCUGCCAAGCUCGAGGAGCAGAUCGUCAUGACCCGAGGCAUGGACCACCUGGACGAGGACGAAGACGACGAGGACGACUUUUCCGGCUUCGAUAGCGACGACGAGGUACCUAUGCGCAAGCCGUCAAAGCCCAAGGCCGCGCGAAAGAUCCUAUUCUUUGACGACGAAAAUGCGCAAGAGGACGCCAUGGAGGAUCAUCUCGAGCUCGAGGAGAGAGAAGCCGACAAGGAGGACGGCGACGACAAGGACAAGGACAAGGGAGACCAAGCAUCGGAGCGCGAAAAGUCGCUACGGAGACUGAAACGACAGCUGGAGAGUGCGCGCCAAAAGAUCAAGGCCCUGACGGACGCCGAGGAGGCCCUCGAGGAGCAGCGCGCAAAGAUGGCCAAGACGGCGACGUCGGGCGGCUCGACGAGGCGUGGCAAGAAGAUCAUGGUGCGUACGCGCAAGAGGUAG